UGUAGGUAUAUAAUGCAGCUGAUUGGAAUGUGUCUAUGUGUCUAACUCUGGAAUGGGAUCGUCAGUUCGUUUUUGCCCGCCGUCUGAUAACUAAACAGGACUUGAAUGUUUACAGCUCGUAUGAUGUAUUUUGCCAACACACAAACCUUCUCAACAUAUGACUUGACCAUGAUUUCUUCUUAGUGUUAUCUUCGCGGCAUUCGAAAUUGUGGGUUGAACUAAUUAGAAAAAAAUAGCAAGAAGAAAUAUCAGUACCUCAACAUGGCAGCCGCAACAUUAGAGUGCGACAUUUGCAACGAAGAAUUCGACUCUGGCAACCACAAGCCACUUUGUCUGAACUGCGGCCACACAUUUUGCUUCUUUUGCAUCAUGGAGCUAAUGACUUCAUCAGAUAUUUGUAUCUGCCCUAAAUGCAGGAAAGAAACUGCCCAAGAUAUCAAUAAAAUAUUGGUUAACUACGCAUUAAUUCCAUCUGAAAACAAACCGUAUCAACGCUUACCACGUUCACCGUCAGAAACGCCAUGUCUUCAGCACCGCAAGGCGCUGGAUUACCUGUGCGUGGACUGCAUCGAAUUAGCGUGCUUCACGUGCACCAGAGAUACGCACGCCACGCACAAAAUAGAGGCGAUAGACGACCUGCUCAGUGGGGAUGAAAGUGUUGUGAACUCAAUGAAGAAAAUACAGACCAAGAUGCAGGAUAAGAUUUCCGGUUUUAAAAAUUUAGCCAUGGAAUAUGAUGACUUUUCGAGUUGGAUUGACGACGUAAUCAACGUGAAGAAGGAUUUGGAUGAAUGGAAAGAAGCAUUGCAGGUACAGAUAGUUUCUGCCGACGAAGAUUUUCAGGUCUGGAAGGAGUCGGUCUCCAAUGCCGACGAGAAAAAAAGACUUGAGUACGUGGAAAUUCUACGUCGCCUACAAAUAAAGCCUGCAGUAUAUUCAAAGUUGCCAGAAAUCAGAGCUAAGCUGGAAGCAGUUGUCAACAAGUGCCGUUCGUUAAAGAUGCCAGUAAAUCCGCAAAACCUCUCGCCCCAUGGACAACCUUUGACAAUCACAAACUUUGAUGAGGGCAAGCGAGCUGUAAGAAAUCUGUUACCCAACAGAAAGUCCAGUAAUCUCGUUGUGAUUUCCUUCCAUACGAACCCCAUCCCGCAGCUCGAUGAGCUUCUGGAGUUGAUUGUUUCCAACGACACCGGCGACGUAUGCUUGGUUAACAUGGACUACUACUGGAGGGCUCCAAUCCUUCAAGAUGGAAGCUUAAAUACAGUCAUCGCUAAAUUUGGAUGCUGGCUCAGCGCCCUGUACGGCUCCCCAUACAACGUCAUGAACUACGUGAGGCAGCGAAAACGCAAGCCCCGCAUGUUCGGCGUACGCUUCGAUACUUUUCAGGGCCUUGAUUACUGUAUAAAAAAUGAACUACCUGCAUGUGAAGAUGUUUGCUGCGUCCGAUUAAGAGCAGUGCCGAACUCCCAAAUCUGUACAUGUGUGCCGGACAGCCUUGGCACUACACUUAAGGAUCGCGGUUGGAAAAUAAGCCGCUGGCACUUCCCUCACCUACGAGACGAUGACUUGGAUUGGAUGUGCAAAAUCCUACAACCCUUCAAAGAUUGCAGCUUCAGUCUGGUCAUCCCGAGCGACCAUCUCACCGGGCUGGGCAGUCGCCGGCUGGUUGAGAUGUUGCCGAACGCAAAAUACAUUUACUGUGACCCGCGCCCUAAACUCCCGACCUCUGCUUCUUUACAAGCAUCGACGUCGACUGGAGAUUUGGUGCCGCAAGGGUGCUUUUCACGGUCAAAAUUCACAGAAUUAUCCACCGAAAUAAUCCUUCAGUGGGUGAAUAAUGCGACGAGUAAGUAAGUGCUAGACUGUUAAACCAAACAUCAUGUUUGCUUGCCUAUGUUCCAAGCACAAGCGAUACAAUUGUUUAAACAUGGAUCUAACUAUUGUUGAAAUAGCAUUUUCAAUAACGAACAGGUUAUCGCUCAACGACAACGAAGUAAAAUACCGAUUGAUAGCUCAUUAUGUACAUAUAUAUUCGAAGGCAGGCUCAAACAAUCUUAAGGAUAACGAACAUUAUGAAAUGCAAAUUGCAUCUUCUCCAGUUUCAAAAUCUAGCAGAAAUCAUUUGAAAGUCUGCCGUAAGCGCAUUCCUGAAUUUGAUUCAACGCUUUUGGUAAAAUAAAUGCGUGGGAAUAGUCAAAUGUUCUGUAUAAACUAAAAAAUCUUUCUAUAAGGAUAUCAGGUGAAAGAAAAUAAUUAUCUUCAAUAUGAGAUUUACACUCAUUUGAAGCGUGUAAAACCUAUAUACAUCCUCAGUGACUGAAAUAAUAACGUAGUAUACUUUAAAUCGAGGGCCCAAUGUAAUUUGUUGAUGGAUCUGUCACACUGAUAUUUAAGAUGUGAAGCCAGUCUUUUAUGAUUUUUGUGUCCUAUUGAGAUUUUAUGUUGAUGUACAGUAAUGUCAACUUUGUUAAAAUUUAUUAGAAAUAAAUGAGCAAGUUUCUCGUUAAAUUUCAGUGAUUACAUGAGAUGAUUUUUUUCGCAUCAC